CAUUGGCAGACUGCAACCCAUCAACGCACCGUACAGCAGUUGUAAGAGAGCAGAUAUGGCGGUGGCAACCACCACAUACUCCCUAGACGGGCUCCAGACCCGUCUCGCCGAACACAAGAAAUGUUUUGACUCCCUGGUCGAGCUCAUCCCACCGAAAUAUUACUUUCAACAGAACCUCGAUGCCGAUUUGAACAAUCGGUUUAUGCAUAAUAAGAAGGGGAAGGCGCCGAAGCAGGCUGUGAAGGAUGCGACGAAGAAGGCGAAGAAGCAGAAGCUUGAUCCCGAGAGCAGCAAAACGGUAUUAGAGGUCCAAUCCGAGCAGUUGAAGGCAGCGAAUGAGGAGGUAUCGACACAGGCACACACAGCAGAAGCAACGGCGGAAGAGCCCGCUGAACUGGCAUCAGGACUCAAACCCCUCCCAGCCGGCUCCAUCGUCGAACUCCAAGCCAAAUUAAAAUCACGCAUAGAAGAGUUGCGCGCAAAACGCAACGGCGGCAAAUCCACCUCCUCAGACGCUAAGGAAGCCAAAACCCCACGCAGCCGGCAGGAGAUCCUCGAAGGGCGGGCGCAGCGCAAACAGGAGCGGAAGGAGUCGAUCAAGAAGCAGAAGGAGAAGCGCAAGAAGCUGGAUGAUACGACGGGGAUGGAUACGGUUGAGAAAACGGUGGUGGAGAGGCCGGGAAAGAGGGUGCCGGUUGUGGAGGAGGAUGUGCAGUUUGGGAAACUGGACUUUGGUGUUACGGAGCCGUCGAAGAAGAGGAAGGGGCCCACGGACAUUGCUGGUCAAUUGAAGCAGGCCGAAGCCAAACGUGCGAAACUCGCGCACCUCGCCGAAACCGACACCAGCAAAGCCGAAGCAAUAACCGAAAAGCAAACCUGGUCCAAAGUGCUUGCACAAGCACAAGGCGAGAAAGUAAAAGACGACGUCAAGCUGCUCAAAAAGUCGCUCAAACGUAGAGAGCACGAGAAGGCCAAGUCCUCAGCGGUAUGGGCGGACCGCGAGCGGACGCUGAAGAAGGACAAGGAGCAGAAGAUGAAGAAGAGGGAGGAAAACAUCAAGGCGAGGGCGGAGGCGAAGAGGGAUCCAAAGGCGGCCAAGGCCGCGAGGUUGGCGGCGGCGAAGAAGAAGAAGGCGAAGGCGAGGCCCGGGUUUGAAGGGGGUGGGCCGAAGAACGGGAAGAAGUGAGGGGGUGUUCUAAUCCUCUGACACAAUCUCGGCAUUCCACACUUUUGCACGACACAUAUUUUUGCAUAUGCAUUCUUGUCUCUUAUUUAAAUCAGACGGUCGACAUACACGU